AUGAUGGACUUCGUGGUCGAGAUCUUGGUCAUAGCCCUCCCUACACUGGUCGCUGUAGCCAGCAUCAUCGGCAUCGUUUGUCUCUUGCGUGAAGAGGUCCGCACUUGGGUGACUGGCCUCUUUCGGAAGAAGGACAUCGACUAUAACGCAGCUACAUUAGCAGCAUACGAACCAGUCCGGAGAUGGUCGGAUUCGACUUUCACCUCCUUUCCGCUUCAAUCAAACGAAACGACAUCCAACAUGCCAAUCCCUCCUCCAGUGGCAUUGGACGCAGUACUUCUUACAUCUCCAAAUAGCUGCGCUGACAUCGCCACCAUGGUGCCUACAUCAUGGCAAGCCAGGCCGCAAGAACGGACACGAUUGAACGAUACCUCUCUCAGGCCAAAGCUUUCACAGCAAACCAGGAAUCCUUCUCGCCCAGGCCAGCCGACCUUGAUCCACAACUCGAGCCGUCGGAGUGCUGGUCCAGGCAAUGUCCAAGCGUCACUACCGCAUGGUGGACGCCCGAGGAGCCGCGCCAGCUCGAUUUCGGAGACGGAACUACGCGACCUCCAAGCUGCGUUCGCGUUUGUGGAAGAGCAGGAGCAGGAGGAGAACAAGAUACGCGUGUGCCGGAGUUUGGAGCUGAUCAGCCGAAACGCAGGGACGAAACUCGCUGCAGGUGCUGCCGGUCGCUGA